AUGGAAGGAGAACCAAAGGAUCCAGAGGAAGACUGCGAGACAACUUUAUUGUGGCAAAAAUGCUUUCGGCAAAGAAUCGUGGUGGAUCUCAGUGAGGAUGAAAGUCUCCACCUGAGUGAUUUGCAGGCUUCUGCUUUAGCUUUGCAUCUGUCACAGGCGGAGUCGGCAGUGUCGGAGACCGGCAUUCAUUUCAGUGAUGACAUUGCUUCCAAUCCCGGCAACAAUGAGAAGGCGCCAUCAACAAAGAGUAACAAAUUGCCGAAUGAGAAGCUCCAGAACCGACAAAAUGAAGAAUCUGGGCAAAAUACUAGCGAUGAGGAUCAGGAAGACCUUCCUUAUGAUGGUAACCUUCAAAGUCCCAUGGAUAGUCCUCAGAGUAACAGGACCUCUAAUGGAAGACAAACUGCAACGAAUAAACAUUCCACACCUCGCUGUUCGCUUUCUGAUGAAUCUCCUGUAGAAAAAGAAAACAGAAAAGAGGACGCAAAUGUCAAAAUGGAUGUACAGCUCGCCCAUCCACGAAGUCGACCAAGCGUUGAGAUAAAUCAACUAUUGCUGCGACAUUUUUCCCAGGAGGAGUUGCAGCAAACAGGACGGCUGAUUGAAGCCGAGACACUUCCAGAGGUCUCCCUCUUGGAGAGUUUAGACGACCCUCUCUGUAACACCUCGACAAAUGACAACUCUGGCAUUUCGGAGAUUCUUUCUGUCAAAACCUGUUUGGAGGAGGGCGACAACACACCAUCCGAUCAAGAUGAAAGUGUCACGGCACCAACAAAGUGUGAAGAGUGUGAAGUCCCCAUCAGGAAAGUCUCACAUUUGCGCAGCAGCUCAUUCAGCGAGCUCAAGUACGGCCAGGGUCAAGUCCAUUACCCGCUCCCUGACUUUUCCAAGGUUGCACCGAAGGUGAAAAUCCCAAAGGGUCCCAGUAAUCCAGUUGCGCUUGUUCCCCAAGUUCCAAGACCGAUGAUCCGAACACAGUCCUCCCCGGAAAUGUUAGAGGUGAUCAGCAAGGUCCUCCAGGAUUCAGACCUUCAUUCUUCAGAGAAGCCUCAAGUGCUCAAGGAGACACGUGAGCAGACCAGUCCUGCUCUGGUACAUCACUUAAAGGCUGAAUAUGAUAAACUACUUGCCAAAUAUGUCCGGGCUGAGAAUCUCAUAGACAAAAUGAGGUUAGGAACCAACCCUUCCUCGGACUUUUGCAUGGAGGAUGAGCUGGGAAACUCCAGUGAAGGAAGCCAUGUUGAACCCGCAUCUCCUCUCAUUCCUACACUGGAGAACUUUGAGGAAAAAGUAAACUCAACCAACCAAGAUGAAAUGAAGCUAAACCCAUGUGGUGAAGAUGGUACCAGUGAAGCUGAAAAAAUGACUGCUGAGCUAAGAGCUGUCAUUAGCCAGUUCAUGCAGUCGGUGGAUGACUUCAAGCAGAGUGUUAACAACAUGUCGGUUAGCAUGGAAGAACAGCAAAUGAUUCUCAGGAGCUUGAUGGAAACUCAGGACCAGUUGGAAAGAAAAUACAUGAGCAAGAAGGAAGAACACCGGGCUCUGGAAAUGCAGAAUUAUUUGGGCCUGUGCAGAAAUGUUGGAACAUUUGACCCAAACAGGCUGGUGGAAGGAGAUAUUUUCAGGGUGGGGAUGUACUUGGAGGAUAUUAAGGAGAUAAUUGAUAAAAACAGGCGUGAGCAGGUCAUAUCGCCUUAUUUAGCCUCUCCUUCCAAAGAAACAACUACCAAAAUAUCAGUGAAAGCUUCAACUCCACUAUCGCUACUUGAGGGUAGGACAGGGUCCCCACUCGGAGUGGGCGACACCCCGUCGACCCACCUGCACCCGACCCAAAGCAGAUACCCGGGCAAAAAAGAGAAGAAGGAAGCAGGAGAGCGCAGAGAAGCCGCCGCGGGACCGGCGCCCCAAUCCCUGCCCACCUCCGCAACCGGCAGCCAGGCGAAGGAGGCCAUGCGAAUAAGAAAAAGUGAGUCAAGUGCAACUUUGACCACUGAAUGUUUUACAAUGGAGACAAUGACUGAAGCACAAAAGGAAGACAAGGAUGACACCAGUAAAAAUGAUGGAUCGGAACCAAGUAACGACUCAAUGCAAGUCAGCAACGGGUUUCCUGUUUGCGCGGGGGUCUCAGAGAAAGGACUUCUGGAUGCUGAAGAUGAAGGCAAAGAAGCUGCCUGCUUGGAGGAGAAAUCUAGCCAUGACAAGUGGAGUGGAAUCAGUGGGAGAAGCAGCACACGAGAUGAAGGUGUAAACAGAGAAUGCGACUUUGCUAAAGCUGUGGAGGUCUCCAACUCCACUGAUGUACACCAAUCAUCAUCGCAGGUCAACUAUCAUGUUUUUGAGUUGGUUUGGAUGUUGACUGAUGGAUUUACAACUUCAGACAGUGAAGCCUCGUCCAUCAAUCUGCAGACAGCCAUCCAUCCAACGGACGUAAGCGCUUGGCGGCGGGACUCCACGGUCCUAACGCAGCCUGGAAGUUCAACCACGGUGAAAUUUGAGGCCAUCCUGACCUUGCAAGUCGAGGUUUCCAGGCUGAAAAAGAACCUAGAAGAACGUCUGCUCCAAUUGCCUCACCUGACAAGAAAACUGGAUUAUCUGAACUCGAAAUACAGGCAAGAUCGUCAGGAACGAAGGACCAAAACUAAAACAAGGACCCAGCACAAACAAGCCAGUUCCAGUCGGUUAAGACUAGAAGAUUGGAUUUCAACAGAUAUGGAUCCCAGCAAGAGCAAAGGUACAGAUAGUGAUUCUUCCAGCUCCGAGAGGAGGCUGCAGUUUGACAGUCGGCCUGUGGGAGGCAGCAGAUUCAUCAGCCAACAGGAGUCGCAGCAAGACAACCAAGAGAGUCUUUUCUUCAAAGACAGACGGUCUUUUGUCCAACCUCAACCCUCCCAAAGACCUCUGCUCCAGGUCAACUACGGCUCUUCCUGCAGUCUACCUGCAAGCUACAAAGUGAAGGAACCGCCACAUCAAGUGAGAAACAAACACCGCAAGCGUUCCACCCAGUCGGACACAGCUCUGUUACCCAGCGAUGUGUACUUUCAACACACUUUGUCCCCUGUAUUCCAAAGUCCUCGCAACAGGAUGGAAAGCAAGGAGGAGGAGAUGAACAGGUCCCUGGACCAAGCUAUUGAGGCCGCCCGCAGCAUGAAAAGGACAACGGACCGCAUGGCUAAGAGAUUGACAGCCGAUCUGGCCAAAGCGCAACUACUCCCGCAGGGGAAUGUGCAAAAUUCAGCCACGAGGGGUCGGGAAACAUCGCAGCAGUUCACAGAAAGAUAG